CAUCCAUUGCCAGCUAGCCUAACGUUCGGAAAGAAAACGACCAUUCGUUGGACAGCUGCAAGCGUGUCGCACAGUACGAGACUGGAUCUCGUCACAGCAGGCCGCGGUUCUCUUUUCCGGUUGCGGUCGCCUUGUAUAAGUUUACAGGAUAGCAGAAACACUCGUGAGAACACGUGGUUUAGCUGGUGUCCAGUGAGGCAGGCUCCUGGGUGAGUGCCGUUUCCGGUAGUGACGAAUUUGCUGACUUCCAUUUCAAGGAAGUAAACCACAUACAGGCGACCUAAUAAAACAGCGAACAUUCGACGAAAAAUUCCACAGAACCGCAGCCGUCGGGUAUUCGAGCGGUACGGUACUGUCGCUAAGCUUCCGUUGCAAGAUGAAGUGACAUUGCUCCGCAGACUUCCGGUUCAUUUGCGAUCCCUCCCGUAGACCCACAACGCAACCGAAUCAUCCGCUGGUGUCGAGUAAGCUGAAAUGCAAGCAACGGUCUCGGAGGGAAACGGUCAGGGACCCAACAGCAGUAGCAGCAGCACCGGCCACAAUCACAGCUCUUCUCCGAAACUGCCGCCACCCGGCUCGUGGGCAUCGCUGAAGGCAAACGUGAUAAGAUGGCGCGGCUCACGGAAACUGGUACUCGUCAUCGUCGCCAUCGCACUCCUGCUCGACAAUAUGCUGCUGACCGUCGUUGUGCCAAUCAUUCCGGAGUUUCUUUACGACAUCAGACAUCCGGAUGCACCGCUGGCCAGCUUUCCCAAGACACCGCCGACCACACCGUGCGAGAAGGAGGUGACGACACCGUACAAUCGCAUCGACGUUACAACGCAAGGUUACGAUAAUGCUAGCUGGUACGCGGAACGGGAGGAACGGCACAAAGAGCUGGUGGAGGAAACGGUCGAGGUUGGGCUUAUGUUUGCCUCGAAAGCAUUCGUCCAGUUGCUGGCCAAUCCCAUCGUGGGACCGUUGACACACAAAAUAGGCUACAGCAUUCCGAUGUUUGCCGGGUUCGUCAUUAUGUUUAUCUCCACCCUGAUUUUCGCAUUCGGAAGAACGUACUCGGUACUGUUCCUGGCUCGCGCACUGCAGGGUAUCGGAUCGUCCUGUUCGUCGGUGUCCGGCAUGGGCAUGCUGGCCGAUCGCUACACGGACGACAAGGAGCGGGGGAACGCGAUGGGCAUCGCGCUCGGUGGACUGGCGCUCGGUGUACUGAUCGGGCCACCGUUCGGUGGCAUCAUGUACGAGUUUGUGGGUAAAUCGGCACCGUUUCUGGUCCUGUCGGCGCUGGCACUGGGCGAUGGGCUGCUGCAGCUGAUCAUGCUUCAGCCGUCCGUCGUGAUCGAGGAGUCGGACCCGCCGUCGCUGAAGGCGCUCGUCACCGAUCCGUACAUCAUCAUUGCGGCCGGUGCGAUCACGUUUGCGAACAUGGGCAUUGCGAUGCUGGAACCGUCGCUGCCGAUCUGGAUGAUGGACAACAUGGGUGCGAGCCGAUGGGAGCAGGGCGUCACCUUUCUGCCCGCCUCGAUCAGCUACCUGAUCGGGACGAAUCUGUUCGGUCCGCUGGGGCACCGUAUUGGCCGGUGGCUGGCGGCGCUGCUGGGGCUGGUUAUUAUCGGGCUGUGCUUGCUGUGUAUUCCGAUGGCUACCUCCAUCAACCAUCUGAUUUUGCCGAAUGCGGGGCUCGGAUUCGCUAUCGGCAUGGUCGAUUCUUGCAUGAUGCCCGAACUCGGCUACCUGGUGGACAUUCGACAUUCGGCUGUGUACGGCAGUGUGUACGCCAUCGGAGACGUUGCGUUCUGUUUGGGUUUCGCCAUCGGUCCAGCCCUAAGUGGCACCUUGGUAAACACCAUCGGCUUCGAGUGGAUGCUGGUUGGAAUUUCGAUCCUUUGCUUCGCUUACGCACCGCUGCUGACGUUCCUGCGAGCACCGCCGACCAAGGAGGAGAAGAAGUCUCUCAUCGUCGGAGAGCGCUCGUCGGUACGUUACGUCACGUACCAAAAUGAGGAAGAGGACGAAUAAAACUGUUCCAUUCAACAUACCACCAACGGUUUCCCCAUGUACGACACUUUGCCCACAAAUUGAAUCAAACUGAACGAUAGCAACUGAAGCAACAAAACCAAGAGAUCAGGUACAUUUUAAAGACUGUAAUUACGCCAAAACUGCAUCGCCACAAUCAAUCAAUGGAUCAAACGCGAACUUUUCCCCAGCCUUCACUAUUGUAGAGGCAUGCCUAAGAAGAAGAAGAAAAGAAGAAGAAGGAAAAAACAGCAAAACAUGAUAGAAUGAAUGUGCAACUUUGAAGGAACAAUAAUUUGGCCCAACAUGGGGUAUCCGUACCCUCACUUGUUAUGCGAAGCACACGGAACAGCAAUGUUUCCCACGAUGAUACUAGUUUAUGCAUGUUGAAAAAAGUCUUAACACACAAAUCAUCCGUAGCAGCUCCUCUAAGCGGCUGCUACGUUUUACUAAACAAUCGACCUACACACGCAUGUCCCUAGAACACAGCACCGAUCACGGCACACUCUAAAUCGCAUCUAUGCUCAUAGCCUUGACUAUGAGCCACACCGUCGGAAUAGAGAAGAUGGAAAGAUAAACUAUUACUAUUAGCUUAAAAAAAAUCUAUAAUUACUCCCUGCAAAAUACUAAGUCAAUCGGUUACGUCCAUGCUUUUGGGUGACACUACGCCAGUACAGAGGAUCGUUUCCUUUGAAUCCCAUUGUACGCGUGACAGCGACAGUGUUGAGCGCAAAUUCGGUGAUUGAAAGGGUGACAUUCAAAAGCAGGGAUCGAAAUCGACCUGGCCUACUGCGACCAGACGAGCGUGCAGUUAAGCAAAGCCGCGGAGUAGGAUCUUCGUAUCCUAGUCCGGUUGUAAUAUACAGUACUGUCUGUGCCACUUUCAAGGUGAGUUUUCGCUGACCGCUGCAAGCGUAAACACGGUGCCAGAGAUCACUUUGCUGCCAAAGCGUUUAACGUUUGUUCGAUCAAUUGAAUCGCUAGCAACCGAAUGGUACAGAUAUGGGACAGUGUUUUUUCUUUGCUUUGGAGACGUACUUCGGCAAAACUGCCAUUUACUGCUACGAACUGCAAAACAACACUCCACAGCUCCUGGUAGGCGGUGUGGCUGUAUCAAUGCUGGAAAAAUACUAUUUAAUAAAAACCAAACACACACACACACAAACAAAAUCCAAAAAAAAACAUGUUAUCCACUUGAUCGCUUCAUGUAAUCUUGUUCGUUAACUAUUAAACAACUCCUAUCUUGACAAUGUCCUAGCCGUGUCCUUAGCCGUGUAGGAUGUUGUGAGAUACAAAAAUCUGACCAAGAUAUGGGAAAACAAAUACGAUACUAAUACUGCACGCAUGUUUUUACCAUGCAAAACCACACUACUCUUAACUAACUGCUCUUCACAACUAAAAAUGCGUUCCGUAGUUAACAUAACGCGCUACCAGUAUUUCCUUAUAAAUGAGAAAUAGAGUAUUACUACACACUGCUGCUAAUCACGUUAUCGCUGUCUAUAGCUUGUACUUACAAGCACUAACAAAUAAUCAAUGUAAACAAAAGCAACGUAUUUCAGGUGUACUCCAAAAAAUCACAUCUUAUAGAGUUAAACAUACGAACGAAAGUCUCAUUCUUGCAGUUACACUUGCUCCCACAGUGCAGCACAACAUCACAACCCCGGUAGGUGGUGGUGAUAGUCUCUUUGCAAAGUUUGAAUGGCUGCAAGUUUCGCUAGACACUAUCGCUCACCGAGCUGACAUUGUGGGUUCUCAGAAUCAUUAUCAGAAUCACUAGCUAUCUACUAUCUAGACACUAUUAUUAUUAUAAUUAUUAUCAUUGUUAUUAUUAUUAAAAUAUAAGAUUUGAGUUGUUUCAACAACAUCUCUAGGUAUACAGCAUACUUAACCCUAUUGACAGGUAUCUCAAGGCAAUAAAAAGGAAACUACUAACUAACUAAACUAAGCUUCUCAUUUCGAUGCGAGCAAUGACUAAUACAGGUGUGUGUGUAUCUGUAUGAGAUUAAUCUUUCUAAAUUUAUGCAACAAAAACAAAACUCAAAUCUUGUGAGUAUUUAAAUUAGUAAACCAAUGCACACAUCUGUAAGUCUAUAGUUUAUUCCCCGUUUAGUAAUCAUUAUCAUGACGGUACUACUAAAAUUAAAGAAAAACGAAUACCAAAAAAAACAUUUACAAGGAAAACCAAACAAAAACUCAUUGAUGAUGAUGAUGAUGAUGAUGAAUUGCUGAUUCAAUCAAAAACUAACAUCAAUCGAACAUCGAUAAUGCGUUGUACAGGGUUUGUGGUAUGAUGUCAGGCAUUGGUAAUUUCUCGUUUCCACGCAGUAAUCUAUUGGCUCUCGCUUCCCUGUAACUUAAAACAUACAACUCCUGUCAAAACCGACAAAAAUAGCUAAUCGUUUAAACCGAUACUAGAAGAAGAAACACCCUGCCCAAAAAGGCAAAUUACUUUCCAGCUUUCGUUACCAUCGAUACAGUCUGUCAGAAUGUACUAAUGCAACUAACGUUUGUGUUCUUCGUGUGUGUGUGCGUGCGCGUGUACAUGUGUUUUUGGAUUAUCUCUCUGUUGUCUGUCGUCGCAUCGUUGUGCACAUCACUGUUACAAUAGGACGGGUGAACACAACUGUAGAAAAGAAAAUUCGGUCCACCGUGAGCCGUGUUAUUGUGAGUUAGACAAUAACUUUUGCUGAUGUAUCUUUGAACGGGGAAAGCGUUUAAAUGAAUCGUAUCAACACUGGGUGAAAAUACACUCAAAACAAUCACAGCACCCAUAGGCAUCCAACUGGCCAACUAACUGGCCCGAUAGGCUUUUAUGGUGCUUGUGGUGUGAACUAAACAUCUAUCCAUAGUAUUAUAUCGUUGUCAUCAUUGUAUUUGUGCAUUUUUUUUAAUCUAACUCCCCUAAACGGAGGUUUCUCGAAUCUCGAAUGUAAAGAAUUGACCUUUUGCUAGUGUGUGACAUCAGUUCCACAAACCACCAUGGUGCAAAAUGAAUAAGUUUGCAUUUAUUCGGCCAGUUUUGUAUUUUACCGUGUUUUUGUUUUCCCAGUUAUUUGUGUGCAUUUACCGAAAAGUGGUGGUGCACGAACGGUGUAUGUAUCUAAUUAAACUAUCUAAUACAAGGCUGGUAUGGGGUCACAGAUUCACAAAACAACGUAUCAAUAGGUAGUUGAUCGAAUAAACUAACAAACAAACUAAACUACUAAACACUACUACAUGUUAAUAGCUGCGAAUGAAUUAUCCUUAUAUUUUCCAUUACCCUUACAUUACGGGGUUUAUUGUUGUAAUUCACAGGUGAUAUAUGUUCUAAUCCAUUCUAUAACAAUUUAUUGCAACUAAUCUAAUUUGGUGCACAGCCCAUUCAUCACCUUCAUUGUGUGUUAGAAAGUCUUUUGAUAAAAAAAUUAAUUAAUUCUUUCAGAAACUUCCAUACAAAUAUUGAGCUCGAAUUCUCUAGUCCAGAUCAUGUUUUUUACCCUAUUAAGCACAGAUUCAUAGCCAUACGAUCAAAUGGUCGGAAACGAUUUUCAGAUUCUACGGGAAAAUCUCCUUGUAACCAUUUUAACUAUGCAACGUAUUACAUGAAUACAACAAAGAAUAGUAUAAAACGUACUACUAACCCUUCACGAAUAGGAAAUAAGAAUAAGUUAUAAAAGCGUAGCAAAGCCACACAUUGUUGUUAUAGUGCAUAGGAGUAAUGCUAAUCUUCAUAUAUUAGUGCUUUAACAAAAGGGAAGGAUUUGUGCAAAGGAGAUGGCGGAGAAGAUGUAGUAGAAGAAAUAAUAACAAUAUUUACAAGCUAUACUGUAAAGCAAGAUAUUCCAAUUGUUGUACCAUUUGAUAUUCAAAUACGGACUAGGAAUAUCGGUAGGCGUAUACAAACGAUCCCUACCGAGAUACUCCGAUAAGCGAUGGGAAGAAGGUAAAAUAACGAAUGAAAACAGUAUCAUGCUAACCUAAUUGGUAAUAAAGAUAUGCACACAAACACACACACAAUUUAUAAUAGCAGAACCAUGUGUAAUAGAUACUCCUAAUACUUAUAUACAAAACCAUAACAUAAAUAUAUAUAUAUACACACACCGAUAACAUAUAGGUAUGGAAUAUAAUGGAUGUGUGUGGUGAUACUAAUCUAUGGGAGCGAUGUUAUAAAAUGCAUUUGCAGGAUGUGUUGAGCAGAGUGGUCCUAGCUGGUCCGUUUUUUAACACGUUUAUGAGUGUAAUCCAUUUGCUGUGACUCAGCCGAGACGGGCAAACGUAACAUUAAACUAGUAAAACAAAAAAAAUGGUAACCAUUGUACGCGAACCGCGGCAAAUAAUGCCUGCCAAGCGAAACCUGCUAUAAUAAUGCUGAUACUAAAAAUAUGUACAAUCAAGACGAACAAAAAUGGGGAACACAGAAUAAAGUUGUUGGUGACAUCUA